AUGAAUCCCCACCGUCCACAACCACAAGGGAACACCUACAGCACUGGUAAGCCGCAGAGAAAGUCCCGAUGCUCUGGAUUUGACGACUCAAUCGAAGUGCAACAUCUGGAGAACUGUCUCACUCAUACACUCGAAGCUGAAAUGGAAAGAAAUCCCUCAUUUCAGAUUCCAGAAGUCACUAUCUACACCGAACCUUUUCUUCUUCCUAUGUUUCGCGAUGAGAUGUAG